ACUCUCUCGCAGAUAGCGCCAACGCCUUCAUUCUUGCUUCCUAGCUGCACAAAACCCUAGCUUUUACGGGUUAAUCUCUCUAACUCUCUAGAGGGUGAAAUCAUGGCGACGAACACAACAGCAGGAGCAACCCCAGCUCCACCUCGGGAGCUGUCGCAGAAAGAAGCUGACAUUCAAAUGAUGUUGGCUGCUGAAGUCCACCUCGGCACCAAGAACUGUAAUUUCCAAAUGGAACGUUACGUUUUCAAGCGCCGCAACGACGGUAUUUACAUCAUCAACCUUGGUAAGACAUGGGAGAAACUUCUAUUGGCUGCCAGGGUUAUUGUUGCCAUUGAAAACCCGCAAGACAUUAUUGUUCAGUCAGCCAGGCCCUAUGGUCAAAGAGCUGUUUUGAAGUUUGCUCAAUACACCGGUGCUCAUCCUAUUGCUGGAAGGCAUACUCCUGGUACAUUUACAAAUCAGCUCCAGACUUCCUUCAGCGAGCCUCGUCUUCUUAUCCUUACCGACCCAAGGACUGACCACCAGCCAAUCAAGGAAGCUGCCUUGGGAAAUAUCCCAACCAUUGCUUUCUGUGACACUGACUCACCAAUGCGGUUUGUGGAUAUUGGUAUUCCAGCCAAUAACAAGGGGAAGCACAGCAUUGGAUGCCUAUUUUGGCUUUUGGCAAGGAUGGUUCUCCAAAUGCGUGGCACUAUUCGUCCAGGGCACAAGUGGGAUGUGAUGGUUGAUUUAUUUUUCUACAGGGAGCCUGAGGAAGUAAAACCACCGGAAGAGGAAGAUGUGGUUGCUCCUGUUGACUAUGCACUUACUGGACCUGACUAUAUGGGUGGUGCUGCUGACAGCUGGUCUACCCCUGUGGCUGAUAGUGGAUGGACCAAUGAGGCCUUGCCAAUCCCUGCUGCACCUGUCACAACAAGCUGGACACCUGACCAAGCUGCUGGUGGAUUGGAUCCAGACUGGGGUGCUGCUGCUGCUCCUCCUCCUCCUCCUCCCCCACAGCAAACUGCAAGUGCUGUGGUUGACGAAGGUGGUACCUGGUAGUGAAGCCUGCAAGAGUUUUUACUUCGACCAUGUGUUGUUGCAAGUUUAGCAUAAUUGUCAGUGAGUUUCGAGACAAAUUUUAUAGAUUUUGGUGAUGUCGGUAUCUCAAAUGAUGCUAAAUUUGUUAUUCUCGAUUGGCCUUAAAGCAACUUGCGAAUUA